CAUUACCAAUUUCCUACACAGUAAGAAAAUUAAGGACAGUGGACCUAAUUGAUUAGAUACUGGGAUGGGGAAAGCCAUGAAUGUUUUAGUUGCUGUGAUAGCAUUGGCAGCAGUGUUACAUAGAACAGAAGCGGAUAGAGAGUACGAAUUGGUUUGGGCUAUUCCUUCUGGAGGAGCCGGCACGUAUGCAGCCUGGUCGGCCGAGCAUACCUUAGAAAUCAAUGUCGAUAGUAUAACAUUUGAGUUUUCAUCAGGAGAACAAGACCUGGCUUUAGUGACAAAGGAGGAUUUUGAUAGUUGUACCACUACAAAUCCGAUAUGGGAAACAACAGAUCCAGUUAAUGUUGGAAUUGUUCAACCCGGCACAUUUUAUUUCAUCUGCACAUUUGCCGGCCAUUGUGCCAAAGGGCAGAAAAUUGCCACUAACUGGACCAAUUCUUCGGCUGCGGCACCUGCUCCAUGUCCAAGUUCAACAGCAACCACUUACUCCGCUCUGCCACUUAAAUUUCUUUCCAAAAGAGUUAACAAGCACGGAAACAAGAAGAAAGUGUCUCUGACCUUGGGGGGUGCCAUAUAAUACAUUAAGUUCAAGAGGUCUCCAGUCUUUUUUUUUCUUCCUGUCAAGAAGAGUUGCAGUACACUCUAAUAAGUACUAUACAUUGUACCAUGUAUAUGGUUGGUCCAGAAACCCAAAUAACAUGACGAUCAUUCAGUUUA